AUGGUGGAGCUAAUUCCGCACGCCAACUUUGGUCGCCCGGUGCCGAUUAGCAGCCCGAAGUCCGAAUGGCUAUCGGUCGACAAGCAGUACUCCCGCAUCGAGAUCCGUACGUCGCCCACUCCGCAGGCAUUUGCAAAUUCGUCAGUGCUGGUCCUCCUCGGGUAUGCUGAGCUUGUGGGGGACCGCGACCGUUCGUUAGACUGGGAACCGCAGGGCAUCGCUCAGUCUGGGUUCAGUGGGACAGGGCACCAGCAGGCCACUACUCAGUAUGCGCUAGCCUUCUGCGUCUUCAGUUGCAGAUUCGCACGUGAAAAUGAUCUCACACAGACCGCCUCAUCGCGAUCUUAUCCCAAAGGCCUAGAUUGCGCACUGGUCCACAUGAACCGCAUAUCCAUAGCCGGUACGACUUUCCAGAAGCCGCUCCCUUCGUCCAGCACCACGAUCCUCCCCGUCAUGGUUGAUCUUCGUGAGGGCGACUGGUCAGAGUUGCUUGCAUCCAUUGACUGGUUCAGGAGCAAGCCAGUUGUCGAACCUGGAAGCGCUAGCAGCGUUCGCAUUUAUUCAAAUGAACCACUUCACACUGCAAAGGAACCCUCUGCUGCCGCGGCUCCGAACUGGCCGGACCUUCUACCAACCAGUACGAACAUGAGCAUGACCGAUUGA